AUGGCGGACUACGGCACGCAACAAGGCCGGAAUUACCGACCUAACAACUAUGGGCAUGCGUCUUCCUACCAGAGGGAUGCUGCAUUCUCAUCCAUUUUUGGCGCGACGCCCCCCACGGGGCGUUCCCAGACCAUGACAUCGCAACCUGCACCAAUCUCCCUGCCACGCUCGCAGACGAUGGUGAAUCUGCAGACAUCAGAGGUGGGGAUGCAACGAGGUGGCAUCCCAGCGCGACCACCGCCAAACGGCACCGGUCAAGCUUCGACUGGUUCCUACUAUCAGGGACCACGUCUGCCCGGUGCGCAGGUCUCAUCGCAGCCACAGCCUCAAUAUCUUCCACAACCUCUUCAUCCAGACCGUCGCCCAUACCCACAACCACAACGUGUCGACCCACGACAGCCCGUUCCGCAAUCAUACAACAAACCUGUGCCAAAUCGAGGGUAUCCUGCAGGCCCCGCGGUUAAUUCGGACCCCUUUCGAUCACGGUCCAUGGCCGCUUCCAUGGCUCCGCCACCGCUUCAGAGCCCUCCAAGCGAGUAUUCAAUGGCUCCAGCCAAUGCAUUCCGUCAGCCUUCCUUUCAAUCAAGCACAGCACGGACGACUGCUCAAGGGAGAAUCGUUCCGGAGAGGCAUGAUGAACGCGCCAUGUCAAUGACCUCGUUCUCCUCAGACCGAGACCGUCAUCAGACCAUGAGCGGGAGAGUCAUACCGAGCCGGAGAAGGGAGUCUGUACCAGAAUUGGACUCGACCGAGACCUCAUCGGAGCGAUCCGUCGUCCCAGCGCCAUCAUUGAGUGCGGCAGCCAAGGCCCGAUUCCCAAGCUACAGCUCUACGCAAAGCACCGCGCGUAGCAUGUCAAUGGCUUCGACAACAGUUGCCUCUCCGUCAGAGAGAAACGACUCAAUGCAGAAUCGACCGCCGGUCGCUAAGACUAUGAGCAACAGUAGCCAGAAUGCAGUCGUAACCACCGCCCAACGACGUGCACCAUUGGUCUAUCCGGCGCUCCUGUCAAAGGUGGCCGAUACUUUUCGAGAGCGCAUUAACGUGGGAGAGCGCAGCAAGAACGAUUUGACGUACAAGAGCGCGUUUACCGGACAGGAGGCUGUGGAUUUGAUUGCAUACAUCAUCAAGACAACGGACCGUAAUCUCGCUCUCCUCCUCGGAAGAGCCCUGGAUGCGCAAAAAUUCUUCCACGACGUGACCUACGAUCAUCGGCUGCGGGAUUCCCCCUUUGAGCUUUAUCAGUUCCGGGAGACACUGAUGGAGGACUCCUCGGACGUCAAUGGUGUUUUUACACUUCUCACAGAGUGCUACUCGCCUACAUGCACGCGCGAUCGGCUGUGCUACUCCAUUGCCUGUCCUCGGCGAUUGGAGCAGCAGGCACGACUAAACCUAAAACCACAGCCAGGGUUGAAGAGAGAGGAGUCGCGGUCGAGUCUGCACGCUGAGGAAAAUGAUGAACAGAAGCUCUGGAUCAAUACCGUUUCAAAGGAGGUGGCAGACAGUGUAAGCGACAAGGAAAAGAAGCGCCAAGAAAUCAUUGCAGAAAUCAUGUACACCGAGCGCGAUUUCGUCAAGGACCUGGAAUACCUACGAGACUUUUGGAUGAAGCCCUUGCGAUCGACCAAUCCUGCCAGCCCCUCUCCAAUUCCCGAGCAUCGACGCGAAAAAUUUAUUCGUACCGUCUUUGGAAACUGUCUCGAGGUCCAUGUUGUCAAUUCCAAGAUGGCCGAGUCUCUCACAAGAAGACAGCAGCAGAACCCAAUUGUUCGCAAUGUCGGCGAUAUUUUCCUGGAAUUUGUCCCACGGUUUGACCCUUUUAUCAAAUAUGGUGCAAAUCAGCUCUAUGGAAAGUAUGAAUUCGAAAAGGAGAGAGCUUCUAACCCUGCCUUUUCUCGAUUUGUUGACGAAACGGAGCGAUUAAAGGAGUCAAGGAAGCUUGAGCUCAAUGGCUAUCUAACGAAGCCUACGACUCGAUUGGCGAGAUAUCCACUACUAUUAGAAAACGUCCAGAAAUACACUGCAGAAGACAAUCCUGACACCAAUGAUAUCCCAAAGGCAAUUUCUCUCAUCAGGGAUUUCUUAUCCCGUGUCAACGUCGAGUCUGGAAAGGCCGAGAACCACUUCAAUCUUAUGCAGCUCAACCAACAGCUCAAGUUCAGACAGGGAGAGUAUGUCGAUCUCAAAUUGACUGAGGAGAGUCGACAGCUGCUCUACAAGGGCUCACUGAAGAAGGGGCCUUCGGACAGCGCCGAUAUUCACGCCUACCUCUUUGAUCACGCAGUCUUAUUUGUUCGGACCAAAGUUGUCAAUAAGCGGGAAGAACUCAAGGUUUACCGCAAGCCAAUCCCGCUUGAGCUUCUAGUCGUGUUGCAGAUGGACGAGUUGUAUCCAAAAAUGGGAAUUGCAAAGCGGCCAUCAUCAAGUUUGAUACCUGGUUCUUCAAAGAGCAUGUCAAACGUGCCAAAGACUGACCUCUCAAGCAAGCAAAGCUAUCCGAUCACCUUUAGGCAUCUUGGUAAAGGCGGCUACGACCUCACCUUGUAUACUAACACUCAUAUGCACCGAAAGAAAUGGUUGGAGCAUAUCGACGCCCAACAGAGGCGAUUGCGGGAGCGAAGCAACAUUUAUACCCAGACCAACCUUUGCGAGAGGUUCUUUAGUGCUGCCAACCGUGUUAACUGCCUUGUUCCCAUUGAUGGUGGUCGGAAGCUGGUCUUUGGAACGGAUAAUGGCAUUUAUCUGUCAGAUCGAAAACCCAAAGAAGUGGGAGCGCGGCCCAAGCGCGUUCUCGAUGUUAGCAACGUGACCCAAAUUGAUGUCCUAGAGGAAUAUCAAUUGCUGCUUGUGCUCUCUAACAAGACUCUCUUCUCCUAUCCCUUGGAAGCUCUUGAUCCGAACGAGGGCCUCUCAUCUCAGACCAAGAAGCCCAAGAAGAUUGGCCAUGUCAACUUCUUCAAGGCUGGCGUCUGCCUUGGGCGUCAUCUUGUCUGCUGCGUCAAGACAUCUGCACUGUCAACAACGAUCAAAGUGUUUGAGCCAAUGGAGUCGAUGCUGAAGAGCAAAAAGAAGCCGGCUCUCAGUAAAAUGUUUACUCCUACAACCGACGCACUCAAGCCCUUCAAGGAGUUUUACAUUCCGACCGAAUCCUCCUCGAUCCAUUUUCUCAAGUCCAAAUUGUGUGUUGGUUGCGCCCGUGGCUUUGAAGUUGUCAGUCUUGAGACGCUCGAGACUCAAUCUCUUCUUGACCAAGCCGAUACGUCGUUGGACUUUGUCGCACGCAAAGAAAACAUUAAGCCCAUUCAUAUCGAGCGUCUCAGCAGCGAAUUUCUCCUCAAUUAUUCAGACUUUUCCUUCUUUGUCAACCGCAACGGUUGGCGGGCCCGACCCGAUUGGAAGAUUACCUGGGAAGGCAACCCUCAGGCCUUUGCUCUUUCUGCGCCCUAUAUUCUUGCUUUUGAGCCUAGUUUUAUUGAGAUUCGUCACGUUGAGACGAGCGCCCUGGUUCAUAUCCUUACGGCGAAGAACAUUCGCAUGCUGCAUUCCUCAACGAGAGAGAUCCUGUACGCUUACGAGGAUGAAUCGGGCGAAGAUGUAGUAGCCAGCCUUGACUUCUGGAGCCGGUCUCAGUAA